AUGGGCACUGUGACCUAUCGCGACGGCAUUGCCAUCCUCCAGCUUGUCGUGUUCCCUUUUAUCUUUGCCGCCGCGCUCUUUAUCUGGAAGCGGGCUGGCUGGAAGGCCGGCAGAAAAGUCUGGCGAUUCGCCGUGGUUCUAGCCCUCAUCCGGAUCGCGGGCAGCAUUUGUUCGUUGUUGACCAUCAGCCACGACUCUUACAAUCUUGAGGUAGCCGUGGCUGUAUGCGAACUCAUUGGAAUUGCACCUCUGUUGCUGACCUAUGUCGGAAUUCUCAGACAAAUUGAUAUAGACACAAAGGUCAACCCGAAAUUCCUCAACCUUCUGGCCGCGGCCUGCUUUAUCGGUGUCGGCCUGGGCAUCGCGGGAGUCAGUACUGCUAAUGAUAGCGACACCACCUACCAUCCCAAUAGUAUCGUCAAGGCGUCUAUGGGCGUUUUCCUGGCCGUCUUUGCGGUAGUCGUGGUCGUCUGUGGCUUGUUAUAUCUCAAGCUCCGCCAUACGCUCAGGGCGUUUCAAAAGAAGCUCUUUCUCGCCAGUGUUCUUUCCUACCCGUUCCUGUUGGUGCGGCUGGUGUACUCCGCACUCAGUGACUACACGUCGUGGUCCAAUUUUGCGGUUCUCAUUGGUGAUGCUACAAUUUAUUUGUGCAUGAGCGUGCUGGAAGAGAUCGUUGCCAUUGCCCUUGCAAUGAUGUUUGGAAUAUCGGCUGUACUUCAAGACGACUUUGUCAAGCCCGAUUCAAAGACAUCUUAUCAGCAAUUUGAGCUCCGAGAGGAAGUUUCAAAUUGA